AUGCUAUUAAAGAAUGAGGUUGGGGUGGGGAAAUAUCAAUGGGAGUUAGUACUGUUAAUGCUGGCAACACAAAUACUACAUCAUGAUGUCAGGAAGCACUUUUUUCUUCAGUUUUUGUUUUUGCUGGGCUGAAAUCUGGUGUGAUGAUCUAGGUCUUAGAGACAGUAAACACACCAUCAGCAGCUACCCAGUCACCCUCAUUCGACUCAGCCAAUCGGGAGAGAGCUGAAUCUUUCUCCCACAACAAGGAGCAAACAGGAUACAAUACCUCACCAUUUCAUUUCAGAAGGGUAAGGGCUGAGUUACACAAGGUUUUCCUGGAUUCUACCCCACAGUUGUGAUCUCAGCUGUGUUCAACCUCAUUGUGCUCAGGAUUCUACUCCACAUUUGUGAUCUCCGCUGUGUUCAACCGCAUUGUGUUCAGGAUUCUACUCCACCUGGCUGAUCUCAGAACUUUGUUCACCUUCAUUGUGCUCAGGAUUCUACUCCACCUCUUUGAUCUCAGGACUGUGUUCAGCCUCAUUCCACCCUUGCAGAACUGGGCCCCGGUGCUGAGUGGGAGAUGGUGCAGGGCACCCUGGAGAUUGUGGCCAUGUGCCUGGGCUUGGUGGGUCUGAUCGGGGCCUCUGCCACCACGGGGCUGCCCAUGUGGAAGGUGACGGCCUUCAUCGGGGAGAACAUCAUCGUCAUGGAGACGCGCUGGGAGGGGCUGUGGAUGAACUGCUACAGGCAGGCCAACAUCCGCAUGCAGUGCAAGGUGUACGACUCGCUGCUGAUCCUGCCGCCGGACCUGCAGGCGGCGCGCGGGCUCAUGUGCUGCUCGGUGGCGCUGGCGGGCGUGGCGCUGCUGAUCGCCAUGGCGGGAAUGCGCUGCAUGUCCUGCCUGCAGGACAACGACCGCGCCCGCAGCCUGGUCCUCAUCUCGGCCGGCGGCAUGCUGCUGCUGGCCUCCCUCUGCGUCUUCGUCCCCGUCUCCUGGACGGGUCACGUGAUCAUCCGCGACUUCUACAACCCGCUGCUGAUCGACGCGCAGCGCAGGGAGCUGGGGGACGCGCUCUACAUCGGCUGGGUGACCGGCGGCUUCCUGUUCGCCUCCGGCCUCAUGCUGGUGUGCCGCCGCGUGCCCGAGGACUCGGGCUCCUUCGACGUGCUCCGGCGGCAGAACCCGCCUCUGAUAGGGUACCUCCCCGCGGCCCACAGGCCCGCUCUGGUCGGGUACCAGCCCGUCGUCAACAGACCCAGCUUCCUCAGCGACCGGCCCUCCCCGUUCGACGGCGGCCUGGCCCUGAGCCGCGCGGCCCCGCCCAGCGGGGGCUUCAGCCAGCCCGUUUCGCUCAGCACCAGCUUCGCCCAGAGCCAGCCCCGGGUUCCCAGCUUUUCGUUCCACCAGCAUUCGCCCCUCACCUCCGCCUCCACCUCCGGCUUCAUGGGGAACCUGUCCACCCCGGGAAACUCCUUAUACAUGGGGCACCCGGCCGCUCUCUUCCCUCCCAGAAGCGGAGCCCAGCAGACCGCCUCAUACAACACGCUCUACACCGACUUUCAGCCAGUGAACCAGGGCCCGGUGUUCAUCGGGUACCACUCCUCUAUGGUGGCGCCACAAACACCCAGCGUGAGCAGCAUAGGCGAAAUCAUCUGAGCUGCAACCACCAACCAACCAACCCGUCACCUUUAGCCUAACGGACAAGAAGGGUUCGCCCCACUGGGUCUGCCAAAUGCUGUCGGUGUACUAUAAUAUAUGUAAGAUGUACCAGCAAGUGUAGGGUAGGAAUUAUUGUUUUUUUUUAAAGCAGAAAACAAAAUGAUUCUAUUCGUACUUGUUUUAUGUGACACGACAAAAGCAGAUUUGAGAGGGCAUUGUGGCCACCAUGAAUGUUAUCAAUACAAACAGAAGAGAUGUUGUUUUGAAUACCUGCAUUCCUGCCAACUGUGAAUCCAUCCACAAAGAUGAAUAGCUGUUUGUUUUCACAUAACAUGCUGACUCCCGUAAGCCUACAGUACAAAAAAAGUGCAGUGUCAGUAAUAUUCAUGAUGUUGGCAAAGAUUAUUUUAUAAAGAGCUGGCCAGUUUUUUUAUUCUUUUGCAGCACGGGUGUCUCUGUGUUUGUUUUGUGUUGAAUUGGUCUAUUCAGGUACUGUCCAGAAACACAUACUUAUUCAAAUGCUAAUUUACUGAAAGCUGAAUAGCACAGGUAGUUGUAUGAAAGAUGUCGGGGUGGAGGUGUUGGGGGGGGGGGACUUUACCCUGAACAGUGACUUGGGGUACUACAUUUAAGGGCGAUCAAUGAGUGAGUGUAUGGAGAAUCCGACUCAGUCAGCCCUAACUCAGUAAUGCUUUCAAUUGUAGCUUAAUGACUAAGACAAUGUUGUUUUUAUUUGAAAAACUAAAGUCUGGUUUUCUGAAUGCUUUUGUACUCUCAUCAACUUCUAAAAAAAAUUAAAAUAGAAUGAAAAACAACGGGAAUUCUAUAUGAAGUCCAUAUUUCAUCCAUAGUCCUUCCUGUUACUGUCGUUUGAUAUUUUCCUCAGCAGAUGGCACUAGAGUACACAUGGCUGCUUUCAAUGUACCUUAUUCAAAUUGAAUAAACAGCUCUUAUCGUAUCCCUCUCCGUUCUCAGAGAUGCUCCUCGAAUAGUUGACCUGGAAAAAGAAAUUCUUCGUAAUCUCACCCACAGUUGAAAUGUCUUGUUUUUCGUGUUGUGUAUACCUGUGUUUGUUUGCAAAACUAUAUAGUAAUUUCAAAAAAACUCAUAGGUUUUACUUACUUAAAUUGUUGAAUUAUUACGUGCAGUUGUCUGGCAGAUGUUAUUAUAAAAAUAUUUCUGCAAUCAUCCGCGUGAUAUCUAUUUCGAUCAUUGUCUAUUUAUUUGUAAUCA